GGAAGAUAAAGAAAGCGCUGGAAGCAAACAUCUCAGUAAAACCCUACUAAGAUUGUGACUUGUGAGUUGGCUCCGCAAUUCUGAGAUUAAUUGAAGAAGUCAAGUUCCAGAUUUUCGCUGUUGAGUGUCUUCCCUGAAAAGAAGAAUACCAAUGGCGACUGCCCCAGCUUCAGCGGAAGGAGAAAAGAUGUCUCUGAAAGAUCAGGGCAAUGAGUUUUUCAAGUCAGGAAAGUAUCUCAGAGCCGCAGCACUUUACACCCAAGCUAUCAAGCAAGAUCCUUCAAACCCUACUCUUUAUAGUAACCGUGCAGCUGCAUUGCUGCAACUGGAUAAGCUUACGAAAGCUCUUGAGGAUGCUGAGAUGACAAUAAAACUAAAACCUGAAUGGGAAAAGGGGCAUUUUAGGAAAGGAUGUGUACUUGAGGCCAUGAAACGAUAUGAUGAUGCCUUAGCUGCCUUUCAGAUGGCUUUGCAGUAUAACCCACAGAGUCAGGAAGUAUCAAAGAAGAUAAGGAAGAUAAACCAGCUAGCAAAAGAUAGAGAUCGAGCACAAGAAGUGGAGAAUAAAAGAUCUAAUGUUGACAUGACCAAGCAUUUAAACAUAUUGAAACCUGAAUUGUCUGGAAAGUAUGGAUCUGAAGAAUGCUGGAAAGACUUGUUUUCUUUCGUUGUUGAGACCAUGGAGACAGCUGUAAAAUCAUGGCACGGAACUUCUACCGUGGAUCCUAGAGUCUACUUCCUUCUUGAUAAAGAAAAGACACAAACUGAUAAAUAUGCCCCAGUUGUUAAUAUUGAUAAGGCCUUUGAAUCACCACAUACACAUGGAAGCUGUUUUUCAUUUCUGAGGCAAUACGCCGAGGACUCCUUUUCCAGAGCAGCUUGUUUGGUUGUUCCCAAAAGCAUAAUUGCUUAUCCGCAGGUCUGGAAGGGCCAAGGAUCAAGGAGAUGGAAACAUGGGCAGAAUGAUGGUUUCUUUGUUCAAUUUGAGUCACCUUCGCUAAGAAAGCUCUGGUUUAUUGCCAGUUCCAAUGAAAUGGGGCAGACAUUAUGCAGGGACCCAGAAGUCUUGGACAUUGGUGCUCAUGAAGUUCUUCCACGUUUAUUCAAAGAAAAGCUGCCUAGUUCUUAGCCCUUUACCAUCAUUUGGUUUGUGCUUUUUUUUUCCCCUCUGGGAACACAAAGAACUACAGGUUCAUGGGAAUUGUGCAGUUCCCCAGAAUACCGAGAUGAUACAAAUGUCUUGUAGGGAAAAUUUUGGAAUAUAAUGCUGGCUAUAUCAUGAUGAUGAUGAAGCUUCUUUUUAUCGGAUAGAUCCCUCAACUUUUCAUUAUUCCUUGAAACAGUCCAGGCCCUUCAAGUUGCAAUUCAUAUUCUGGUGAUUGGGGGACUCUAGCCCUUUGUUUAUUUCAGAUAGAGUUUCUGUAAUAUUGAAGUCUUUGUUACAUUAUUAUUAGCGUUGAGAAUUACUUGUAUUCUGAAUGUUUUGAUAGGAUGGACCUUUGAUUUGGCUUGAAAUUUUGUUCACAAACGUGCUUCGCUGAAAAUCACUUGUAAGAAGAGAUUGACUCAAAUUCAUCUCAAUUACAAUUCAGAGUUGUAUACAGCAA